AUGGAAACCCCCAAUGAACAUGCAUUAAAAUUUUUACCAUCGAUGAAUAUUUUAGCAGAGAAUGAGACUCGAGAAUUCUUAAGUGGGAGAGAGGCAGCCUGUAGUCCAUUAGCAUUGAAAUUAUUUAGUGUUGAUGGGAUCAGGUCGGUUAUGUUUGGAAGUAAUUUCAUUACCAUUGAAAAAUCUAGUCAAGAUUUGAACUGGUCAUUAUUAAAGCCGGAGAUAUUUUCAAUUUUAACUGAAUAUUUAACUAAUGGAACCCCAAUAAUAAGUGAAGGACAUGAAUUAAGUAAUGAUAUGGAAAUCAGUGAGGAAGACGAUGAAGUUAUAUCGAUGAUUAAAGAGUUAAUCUUCACUAGAAUCAGACCGGCAAUUCAAGAUGAUGGAGGAGAUAUUGAAUUUGUUAAUUUUCGAGAAGAUGAUGGAACGGUAUAUUUAAGAUUGAAAGGGGCAUGUAGAUCAUGCGACUCACUGUCAGUAACAUUGAAAAAUGGAAUUGAAAGUAUGUUAAAGUAUUAUAUUGAAGAAGUACAAAACGUUGAACAAGUUGAUGAAGAUUUUGAAAUCAAUACAUCUACGAAAGAAGUUGAGGAUGAGGUUAAAUUUGAUAGUGAGGUUAAAUUUGAAAGUGCUAAUCUAUCACCAAGAUCUAGAGAUGAUCCACCAAAUUUGUAA